UGUGAACGCGAAAUAUAUUCAACAAUCACGAGUCACCAGUGUGUUUGUAUACCUGACCGAAAUGUUGUUUGACCGGUUUCCCUGCUUACUGAGGUCCGUAGUCUGCAAAAUCCCUCCUACGGGUCGGUCAUCGGUUUACUUGCGCGUAACAAUAUUCAAUCCCAUAAAGUUUAUACAAAUGGAUAGAAAAAAUGCAUCUUUGAGACAAGUCCUAAAAUGUGUGUACCUAAGACAAAACAAUAUAUGAAGCAUAUCUUUAAUAUACAAGUUGUAUACGAAUUAUAAAUUGUGUCAAUUUGUGUGUGUUUAAAUAAGAAGCCGUUAAGCAACUGUGCUGAGACUUACAGCUAUGAUUUGAACCCCUUUAGGCAACGUAGUCUGGUAAUUUUUUGUGCCAUACUGCAUACACACCCUAAUCAUAAUCAUGGAAUCUUUGCCGCAACAGUUUGUGUCUGCAAUGAGGACACUGUUCGACAUUAUGGAUGAUAAACAAACUGGAUUUGUAAAAUUAACUGACAUUGAAAAUCGAUGGCGCGAUGACCGCACCAAGGGACUCCCGGGGGGCGUUAUAGAGAGUCUCCAAAAAGUAGCUUCCCACGACGGUUUACUGACCUUCGAUAGCUUCUGUACAGGACUCAAAAUUUGUCUUCUAAGGAACCAAGUUAAGAAAGCUCCGAAUAAAGUAGACUCGAUGAUCGAUAAUAUCGAAAAUAAUAUGCACAACCAAAUGCGUCCACCUUCCGCUCCUCUACUGGAUUUGGACCAUCGCAACUGGAAUAACGUCAGAAACUCUGGAAGUAGCUCAGCGCAGCACCGAACACAUAGCAUGCCGCAGUUGAUGGACGAAAAAAAUAUGCAAUUAACAGACGUAAGUCAAAGUAAAAUGUCGUUGUCGAAGCACGAAACUGUCCAUCGAACGGUGUACGGGCCGCCCAAGCCGCCCAGGCUCGAAAAAAGUGUAACGUCCAGAAAAGAUAUAUCGAGGAAGAGCUUCGAACCACAGGAUGCUAGAUCAGAUAACGAGCGCCUCGAACAUGCUAAAAUAGAUUUCGAAGAAAUAAGUAGAUCACUCAGCGCUGAAGAUCGUGGUUUGGGAGAUGGCCGGUCAGCGAAUAUAGCGAAUGGGCGGAAAACAUCUCGACGGCGCGAGCCCCGACGACACACACUGCACAACGGCGUCGACUACAAUCUCAUAAAGCGUAUGAAACAAAUUGAGCAAGAGAAGGACAUACUGCUGCAAGGCUUGAGUGCCGUAGAGGAGGCACGCGAGUGGUACAUAAAGCAGCUGGCAGAGGUUCAAGACAAAAUGCGUUACGCAGGAAGAAUGGGUGGAUAUGUGGAACCGUGGAAUGAGGCCCAUCAAGAGCGACUGGAGCUUUUGAGGGCGAGAAUUUUCGAACUCAACCGGCAGUUGGGUGCGCUCGCGACUGGUUGGCGCAACUGUCCGCUUUCGCUACACAUGAACCUUGCGUUACCCGCCACCACCAACAUUAAACCAACAUCAGGCGCACCAAGUAAUGCCACUGUUCUUCGAUCACAAAACAGAAUGCUAGCUGAGGUAACGGAAGUAAAUCGUAAAAAUGAAAGGAUAUCUGUGUUGGAAAGGGAAAAAUCUGCACUUAUAAGAGAAUUACUACUUCAAAGAAAUAGGACUAAAAUAGAGGACAAUUUUAACUAGCAAUAUUGCUAAUUUUAUGUUAGGUUAGGGGGCAUACAAAUUCAUGAAAGUCAACAGUUCAUUUACUCAAUACUGUUAAGUUGUAAGUGUACUAUUUGCAUUGCCUUCCGACUGCUG